AUGCGCCUACGAGGGCCACGGUCGCCGUUCGCUGCGGAAGCCGGUGCUGUGUCUAUGCUGCUGGAGGGCUUCCGCAUGAACAUACUGCAGGACGUUGCCUUUGACAUCUGUAGCUUGUCCGGGCCGCUCCGCGCUCUUGUCUUCCUCGGCAUCGUUCGAAACACGACAUUGUUUCUCGAGGGCGAGGCCCGUCCCGAAGCAGGCUGCCCCCUUAAUUACAAGGGUCUCGGGACACAGAACAUUCUGGUCGACGUCGACACAUUUCGAUUUCCUCGCCAUCUCGACUGGGAGUUUGCCCACACUGCCGCCUGGCAGGGGAACUGCUACCAUAUGCCGUUCUCGCUGCUCUCGCCGGACGCGAAGAUCGAGCGCCGGAGUACAUUGCGCACAAGAACGUGUUGCGGCAGGCAGCUGCGCGGCACUUGGAUGUGCGCAAGUUUUGGGGAGGCUGGGCAGAAGCUCCGCACGGAGAGGCUGGCCCUCGCCUGGUCGUUUGUGGAGACGUUGAAGCGUACGGCGACCAAGGUGUACGCUUCCUUCAUGAGACUGCUCGGUAUUCCCGGAAUAUGGACGAGGAGCUUGUGA